GAUAACUCCUCUCCCUGUAUAAUAAUCAUUUUGCAUGAUGAUUAAACUUCUCAAACUGAAACUUACAGUGUAAGAGUCCAAUGCUUCGUGUCGUCAGUGAGCUCUCUCAAGCUUUCCUGACAACCAGCUUCAUCGUCUUCUUGUCCUUGAUGUGCCAACUCCUCCCGCAUGGCGUCUCCGGCUGCGCUCCGAGUGACAGGAUUGCACUCACGAGCUUCUCUACCAAUCUCGACGCACAGACCAACCCAUGGCCAGGCGCCGAGAACUACUCCGACGGCGACUGUUGCCGGUGGACCGGUGUCCGUUGUCGCCGGUUCGUCGGGUUCUUCGGAGCUUACCAGCAGCUCCGGGUUGUCAACCUGGACCUCGCCGGCCUGGGCGUUACCGGCUCCUUGCCGAGCUCGCUGGAUCGCCUGGACAGGCUGCGCGUCCUCAACCUCUCCGGGAACUCGUUCCACGGCGCCGUCCCGCCGGAGCUACUGCGCAUGCCGCGGCUGCGGGUGCUGGACCUCAGCCGAAACGACCUCAGCGGCGUGCUGUCUGGGGCCGGAUCCGGACCGUCGUCUUCUGCUGGCAGCACCUCGGGGAUCAAGCACCUCGAUGUCUCCUUCAACGGCCUGACGAGCCUGCGGCCUGACGUGUUCCAAGGGCUUCCGCUGCUGCGCAAGUUCUCGGCCGAGUCCAACCAGCUCACCGGCGUCCUGCCGGGGUCGUCACUGUCGUCGUGCUCGGAGCUCGAGUACCUGAACAUGGCGAACAACUCCCUCCACGGCACGCUCGGCUCCACCAACUUUUCACGCCUGACGAGGCUUGGCGCCCUGCACCUCGGCUGGAACCGCUUCCACGGCCGUCUCCCCGCGAGCCUCUCGCGCUGCCGGGAGCUAAGGGUGGUGAACCUUCGCCGGCACAGCCUCUCGGGGCCGGUGCCGUCCUCCUUCCGGCGGCUCCGGGCGCUGACCUUCUUCGACGUCGGCGACAACAGCAUCUCCGGCGUUGCGCAGGCGCUCCGGGUGCUCCAGGAGUGCCCGCGCCUCGCCGUCCUCAUCCUCACCACCAAUUUCAAAGGCGAGGAGAUGCCCGGCGCCGCCGCUGGCAUCCGCGGGUUCCCGAGUCUCCGCCUGCUCGGGAUCGCCAACUGCGCGCUCCACGGCGCCGUGCCGCCGUGGCUGCGCACCAGCGCUCGCCUCAGCGUGCUGGACCUGUCCUGGAACAACCUGACCGGCCGGAUCCCGCCAUGGCUCGGCGGCUUCGAAGCGGUCUACAGGAUAGACCUCUCCAGCAACGCGCUGACGGGGGAGAUCCCGCGCUCCCUGACGCGGCUCAGAUCUCUCGCCGGCGGUGGCAAUGCCUCGGCGCGCGUGCGGCUGUCCAUGUCCGACUACGGCGUGCGGCUGUACGAUUGGCACGUGGAGCGCGGCCAGCUCUGGUACGACCGCUACAUCCCGCCGUCGCUAGACCUGAGCCGGAACCGCCUCGCCGGCGUGAUCCCGCCGGAGCUCGGCGACCUCGUGGCGCUCAACCUGCUGAACCUGAGCUGGAACGCGCUGUCCGGGCGAAUCCCGGCUACGUUCGCUUCCCUGAGGAACCUGCAGACACUGGACCUGUCGUACAACGAGCUCGCCGGGGAGAUACCGCCGUCGCUGACGGGCCUGACCUUCCUGUCCUGCUUCGACGUCUCCCACAACCGGCUGCGAGGCUUCAUCCCCGACGCCGGCCAGUUCUCCACGUUCCCGUGCUCCAGUUUCGCCGGCAACCCUGACCUCCACCUCCACGGCAGGUACUGUGGCGGAACCGUACGAAUGCCGGAGCACGACGGGCAUUUCCUGAUGGCUACCAUCGACAUUUUUGGGAUGCCGUUUAUGCUCGGGAUGAUCUCCGGUCUCUGUGCCACCUUGUUUGUUCAUGUGGUUGUGUCAAAGAGUACCAAACCCUCCGUUCAUUGAGCCUACUCUUAUUAGAAAUUAAAAAGGAUCAGCUAAACGAAGCCUUGGUCUUGGGCGGUAGGGGUACCAAACCAAGAAGCAUCUCGAGUCUCGUUGAUACGGCACGAGAGUAAGGGCUGGGUAACCGGCGGCAUCUUCAUUUGGGCCGGGCUGACUUAUCGGAACGGCCCCAUUUCGCGCCGUCGUCGACUCGCCAUGGCCACGUCCGCUCCACGGCGGCCCCGCCGCCGCACCGUCGUCGAGCGAGAGGUCUCAACUCUCAACUCACCAAAUGGCCGCAAACCACUGACACCGCCGCAGCUCUCUUAGGUCAGGUCGAGGAGCCCAGAGGCACGGCGGUGGGCGAGGUCCGCGCCCUCUCACUCACACGGAUGAGCCACAAAGCGACGCCGCCCUCGCCCUCCCGCCGUCCGGCUGCCCGGCCGCGCGACCCAACCUCCUCCUCCCCCGCCGCACUUGUAGAGAUUGGUGCUCAAUUAACAUCCGACUGAUCAAGUAAGCGCUCAUCAGCGUAUAUCUAUUCCGAACAAAUUGCAGUUCGGUUUACAUUGCGUCCUGUUGGCUUUCCAUCUUCUUCGUUGGCGUUUCUUUGGUUUUCUUUUCAGCAUUCGACUGUUCGGAUGGUUCGAUUCCUGAAGCAAGUUGCAGCGAUGAAGUACACGUGGAGGUUCUGAAUUUGCCCUGCACAUAUUAACCUCUCUUGGUGCAGGAGUGUCUUCAUUUGAAGAAUAAUUGUAGCUGCGGAUAAUGAUUAAUGAGGUGCAAUGGCUUUGCCUUGAGAUUUACCGCGAGUGUCCACCAAAGGCACCUAAAAGGGAAAUGCCCAAAGGGGAUGCAAGGUUUCCAGCUAAUACCGCAGGCGGGUUAGCUCAUACAAGUUACAUGAAGAAAGGCUCCUCCCUCUCUGUUAGUCGUGCUUUUGAUAUCAUACAAUCACCGGAUGACACCUUCUCAUUUGUUUUCUACAAUCUUUCCUCUACUGCCUUCACCAUAUCCAUCUGGUUUACCACUUCAGCUGAUAGAACCAUUGCUUGGGGUGCAAAUCCCAACCACCAUGUGCAUGGUCAGGCUGAACAAGGAUGGUACCAUGGUUUUAAUGGAUUAUGACGGCACAGUUGUGUGGCAAACUAACACAAGGUCCAAAGGAGUAGAUUAUGCUGAGCUCAUGGAUUCUGGGAACCUUGUUAUGAAGGAUCAAGGUGGCAACAUCCUCUGGCAGAGCUUUGACCAUCCAACUAACAUGUUGCUGCCGACACAACCAGUGACAGCCUCCACGGAAAAAAGUCUACAUAACCCCCAAACUAUCUAGGGUGUAAUACUUUAUCCCCAAAACUAUAAAAUCGGAUAUUUUACUCCCUGAACUUUCAAAACCGGUCAAAUAACCUCCUCGAGUGG